AUGGAGGACUCGGACUCGGCGGCAAAGCAGCUGGGCCUGGCCGAGGCGGCGGCGGUGGCGGCCGCGGCCGCUGUGGCGGCGGCGGCCGCGGCCGCAGCGGGGGGCGAGGCCGAGGAGCCGGUGCUGAGCAGGGACGCGGACUCGGAGGAGGACGCGGACUCGGAGGCCGAGCGCGAGACACGGCGGGUCACGGCCGUGGCGGUGAUGGCUGCCGAGCCCGGGCACAUGGACAUGGGCGCCGAGGCCCUGCCCGGCCCCGACGAGGCGGCCGCCACCGCCGCCGCCUUCGCAGAGGUGACCACGGUGACCGUGGCCAACGUGGGGGCCUCUGCGGACAACGUCUUCACGACCUCGGUGGCGAACGCGGCCUCCAUCUCGGGACAUGUGCUGUCGGGCCGCACGGCCCUGCAGCUCGGCGACAGCCUGAACGCGGAGAAGGCCACGCUGAUCGUGGUGCACACCGACGGCAGCAUCGUGGAGACCACAGGGCUGAAGGGCGCGGCCGCCCCUCUGGCGCCAGGGCCUCAGUCUCCCCCUCCUCUCACCCCUGGCCAAGAAAAGACCGGCACCAAGUACAACUGGGACCCCUCGGUGUACGACAGCGAGCUGCCCGUGCGCUGCAGGAACGUCAGCGGCACGCUGCACAAGAGCCGGCUGGGCUCGGGCGGCCGAGGACGCUGCAUUAAGCAGGGGGAGAACUGGUACAGCCCCACCGAGUUCGAGGCCAUGGCCGGACGCGCCAGCAGCAAAGACUGGAAGCGCAGCAUCCGCUACGCAGGGCGCCCCCUGCAGUGCCUCAUCCAGGAUGGGAUCCUGAACCCCCACGCGGCCUCCUGCACCUGUGCCGCCUGCUGUGACGACCUGACCCUGAGUGGGCCGGUCAGGCUCUUUGUGCCUUACAAACGGCGCAAGAAGGAGAACGAGCUGCCCACCACCCCAGUCAAGAAGGACGCGCCCAAGAACAUCACGCUGCUGCCGGCCACUGCCGCCACCACCUUCACCGUGACGCCCUCGGGACAGAUCACCACCUCUGGGGCCCUGACCUUCGACCGGGCGUCCACCGUGGAGGCCACGGCUGUCAUAUCCGAGAGUCCGGCCCAGGGAGAUGUGUUCGCGGGAGCCACAGUGCAGGAGGCUGGGGUGCAGCCGCCGUGCCGCGUGGGCCACCCCGAGCCCCACUACCCCGGCUACCAGGACGGCUGCCAGAUGGGCCCGUUCCCCGAGGCCGCCCUGCCCACCUCGCACCCCAAGAUAGUGCUGACGUCCCUGCCCGCCCUGGCCGUCCCUCCCUCCACGCCCACGAAGGCCGUGCCCCCUGCCGUGGUGAACGGGCUGGAGCCUGCGGAGCAGCGGAGCUGGCUAUACCUGGAGGAGAUGGUGAACUCCCUGCUGAGCACCGCGCAGCAGCUGAAGACGCUGUUCGAGCAGGCCCGGCAGGCCAGCUCCUACCGCGAGGCCGCGGCCACGCAGGCCAAGGCCCAGGCUGACGCCGAGCGCAAGGAGCAGUCCUGCGCCAACUGCGGCCGGGAGGCCCUGAGCGAGUGCACCGGCUGCCACAAGGCCAACUACUGCUCCACCUUCUGCCAGCGCAAGGACUGGAAGGACCACCAGCACCUGUGCGGACAGGCGGCGGCCGUCACGGUGCAGGCCGGCGAGGUGCAUGUGGCCGAGGGCGCCAUGGAGAAGGUCACGGUGUGAGGCCCUGAAGGUCGGGAGCUGCCGCUGGACCACGAGGACCGGGCGCCGAGGACCAGGGGCCGUGGACGGCCAGGAAACUUGCUGGCCAAGUGAGACUGCUGCGGCCCGAGCCCAAGCCGCCGCCCGCCACCGCCUGGGCCCUCGGGGGUUCUGGUCACCCCCGGACCGCGAGCGUCGGCUGCCCGCGGAGUGCCUGUGUUGUGGCGCAUGUGCGCAUGCGCUGCCCUGUUGAUCAAUAAACUGUAAAUAAGGCCCGGCCCUGUGCCUGUCCCCGGGC